GGCAGAUAGCUGGAUAGACCCAACUGGAAGUCAUGACGGAAAAACAACCAGGAGAUGGAACUGAGAACCCGAUGACAGGCUGAAGUGAAGGACCAUGGAACUAAGUUAGAGGUCCACAGAAAGAGGGCAGAGUUGAGGACUAAACUCUGUUUAUUGUAUCAUGUGCUUGUCUGAGCAAGAGUACUGGCAGAACAGGCAAUUGUGGAAGGGCCAAGACAGCCACGCCCUUCAGAUGUCACCGCACGGCAGAGAUAAACAUAUUGAGAAUAUGCAAAACCUAAGGAAACAGAAGAGGAAACUUAGUAAACGGUUUACAAGACCUGCUCCUAUUCCAGAACCAGGACUCCUAGAAAUGAGCUUGACAACGUGGUCCCUGAGAGCAAUGCCAGCCCCAGCAUCAAAGGUGGAAGAGUGGCUGUCACUAUUAAAGUUGCAGGAGACAACCAGUGGUCAUAAAGCUGGAAUCUGUACAGAAGAAAUCAUGCCAGACCAUAACAUGCAGAUUUAUAACAUCAAGUGGCAUCUCAUAAUUUGACUUCAUUUGAAAAAUAAAGGCAAUACUCUGUCAUUUCAGCAAAAUAAAUGCAGUGCAACCAUGUAACAUCUAAACCACAGGGUCUAGAAUUUUAUUAAAUACCGUAAUUCAUUAUCACCUUUUUUUUCCUGUGAUAAAUCUGGGAUUUUCUGCUUUUUCAACGAAUAAUAAAAUAUACAGGUCCUUAAAAGUUAUAUACUCCUGUUUAAAUUUUUGCAUGGAAAUAUAUCACCUAUCUAAAGAUUUAGAAUUAUGCUUUAACAAAGGGGGAAAAGAUAUUUUCUCUGCUGUAUAUUUAUAACAACUUGUGUUUAAAUAAAAUGUUUAAAAUCUUUA